AUCAUCAUGAUGACUUUAGCUUUGUAGCUGCACUAAACUUGAAUAAAGAAACCGCAAAACGGAAAAAGCCUUAAAAAUAAAAGUUUACUAACUAAUUAAAUUUAAGAAAAUUCUAUUCUUUUUAUAUCAUUUCUAAAAACUCUAUUAUUCUUUUGUUACAAAAAUACAUUUUUCAAAAGGAUGGACAUUCUACAAAAACAUUUAUCUAAAAUCCGCGUCCCCAGCGAUAACCAAAGUAUUUACAAAGACGAAUGUGUCUAUUCGUAUGAUAAUCCGGAAUCCACCACCGGUCUUUAUGUUAAUCUAACCUCGUUCCUCAGUUUUGGUGAGGAUUUUAUUAAACCCUACUCCAACAAAACCGGCAAUCCCGUCUUCUUGCACAUCCAAAGGGAAAAGACAAAAAUUGUCGAAAGCGACAAUGAAAAAACCGAUGUGUCGGCCGGACCCGAGCGUAAAAUAACACGUCUGGCAAUUGGCGUCGAAGGUGGCGCCGACUUAAAGAGCCAAAAGUAUUCCUAUAAGGACACAUAUCAAAUUGUAGUCGUUCCCGAAAUGACCAAAAUCCCAUAUCCAAAUGUUGAUUUGCCACUCAUAGUUCAGCAGUCAGUCGAAGCUCUGCUAGCUGCCGAAUCGGCUAUAGCCAAGCUAGAGAAACAAGCAAUGACUGGAACAUGGGAUGGCGAAGUGCGUCAAGUGUCCAAGUAUUCUAAUGAUUUAAAGCAGUUGUCUAAUGGCAAAAAGAUCCCACCCACAGGGUGGAAAUGCGAAAAAUGUGAUCUCACGAACAACCUUUGGUUGAAUCUCACCGAUGGGUCAAUCUUGUGUGGGCGGAAGUUCUUCGAUGGGUCGGGAGGUAAUGAUCACGCUGUAGAGUAUUACAAGCAAACUAGCUUCCCGUUGGCUGUUAAGCUUGGCACCAUUACUGCCGAUGGCAAAGCAGACGUAUUCAGUUAUCCUGAAGACGAUAUGGUCAUUGAUCCAAAGCUUAAUGAGCAUCUUGGUCAUUUCGGUAUUAACAUGACUGCCAUGCAAAAGAGCGAAAAGUCCAUGAUUGAGUUGGAGCUUGACAUAAACCAACGCAUUGGGGAAUGGAGUCAACUGUGUGAGAGCGAAAGCGAGCUGACACCCUUAGCUGGCCCUGGACUAACUGGAAUGCGCAAUUUGGGAAAUUCCUGCUAUUUGAACAGCGUUAUGCAGGUUCUAUUUACCAUUCCAGAUUUCAUUAGUCGCUUUGUCGAUGGAGCAUCAUCGUAUUUCGAUGCAUUUCCUCAGGAUCCAGCCAACGAUUUUAAUAUUCAAACUGCCAAACUGGGAACAGGCCUUUGGAAUGGCAAAUACAGUUCAAUAGCAGAGAACACACUGGACACCGAAUCAACUGGAAUUUCGCCAGCGAUGUUUAAAAACAUCAUCGGAAAGAAUCAUCCAGAAUUCAGCACAAAGCAACAACAAGAUGCGUGUGAAUUCUUUCUUUAUUUCCUGAAUUUAUUGGAACGCAACAGCCGUGGUGGAGCCCAUCCAAAUCCAUCAGAUUCGUUAGUGUUCUCUGUGGAAGAUCGAUUUGAGUGUGGAGAAAGCAAAAAAGUUAAAUAUACCAAACGUGAGGAAUUUUGCCUGCCACUGGUGAUUCCUCUAUCGGCAGCAACAAAUCAGGAAGAAGUUCAGGAAUACCAGGAGAAGCUGGCUGCAAGUGGAAAACCAAACACUGGUGAGAAUGUUGUCCGUCCCAAAAUAUCACUGCAAGCGUGUCUGGAUAACUUUUUCCAAACUGAAGAAAUCGAACAAUUCUUCAGUUCGGCUAUCAAUGGUAUGACCACUGCCAAGAAGACUACACGAUUGGCUUCGAUGCCUGAUUAUAUGAUGUUGCAUUUGAAGAAGUUUACACUUCGUGAGGAUUGGGUGCCAAUCAAGUUGGAUGUGUCAGUCGAUAUGCCAGCUGAAAUUGAUCUAUCCAACAUGCGUUCGAGUGGGUUGCAACCGAAUGAAGAAACACUUCCAAAUACUGUCGAGCAAGCACCAGAGGUCAAAUUCGACGAGGCAGUGAUGAGUGAACUCUUAGUAAUGGGAUUCCCUGAAGAAGCAUGCAAACGAGCUAUUUUCAAUACCAAAAAUGCCGGUUUGGAUGUGGCCACCCAAUGGAUAAUGGAACAUAUUUGUGAUGCUGAUUUUGCGGCCCCAUUUGUUGUACCCGGUUUGGGUAAGGCCAAGACUUUCCAACCGAAUGAAGAAAGCCUUGCGAUGCUCAUGAGCAUGGGAUUCGAUCAGAAACAAGCCACUGCAGCAUUAAAAGCGACAGAUAAUAACAUUGAACGAGCAACUGAUUGGAUAUUUUCUCACACUGAUUCAUUAGAUAGUUUGCCCAUGGACACGGAGGAGGAAGAUGGCGGUGCCGCAUCGGCUGCUGCUUCUAAUACAAAGAAUUAUCGAGAUGGAAAUGGUAAAUACUCGUUGGUUGCUUUUAUUUCGCAUAUGGGUACUUCGUCACAGGUUGGACAUUAUGUUUGUCACAUUAAAAAGGACGAUCAAUGGGUUAUCUUUAAUGACAGCAAGGUUGCAGCCUCACAGAAUCCACCAAAGGAUUUGGGUUACUUGUAUUUAUAUAAACGACAGAAUUAAUAAUUUGAUUUUUUGUUUAUAAUUUAACUUGCCUAUUGCUGCACUCAUUUAUUAAAUAUUCGCGCCGUGAAAUACAAAAAUUAAUGAGAAAUUCAUUUAAAAUGUUUUUUUUUCUUCUUUGUAUUUGCAUUUCGAUUUGGAUUUUAUCGUAGUAAGUUUCAUUAUUGCAAAAAAAAAAAUUGUAAAACAAAAAUAUAAAGAAUAAAUCAGCAUUUAAAAAAGAAAA